CAACAUCAGGAGAGGAAAGCUGUAUGUGAAUGAAGUAGAAUUUGAGAACACAUCAAUUUAAUGCUGCUAUCUACAGACAGAAUGGAUUUUUGAACUGAAUGAUUUAUUUGAUGAUCUUCAUUGUUGAAACAGAGCACUGCCUGUAAAAUAUAUUAGAAGAGAGAGGAGGAGUAUGUUCACACACAUGAAGCAGCACCUUCAGAACCCAGCUGUGUGUCUGUGAAGAGUGACACAUCCAUGAAUUAUCAAAUUCAAUUCUGUGAUGGAGCAGUGACCACUGUAUCUGAAGUGAAGAGAGAUGAUGUGAUCAGAUCAGUGAUGUCCUGUCUGACCUGUGCUGACUCUGACUAUCAGACCCUUAGGCAGAGGGUCAAAGUCCAACACAAAACUAGCUUGAUGAACAAUUAUGAGAGCUUAUCUGAGGGAUCCAAACUAGAAGAGAAUCAAACCCUCCUGAACAGGAUCUACACACAGCUCUACAUCAUAGAGAGAGAAACUGAAGGAGUGAAUAAACAACAUGAGGUUUUACAGAUGGAGAAAAGACCCAAAGCACAAGACAUUCCAAUCUACUGCAAUGACAUCUUUAAACCCUUGCAUCAACCAGGAUAUGAGGAGAAAGACCAAAUCAAGACUGUUUUUACUAAAGGCAUCGCUGGAAUUGGAAAAACCGUCUCUGUGCAGAAGUUAAUUAUGGACUGGACUGAGGGAAAAGCCAAUCAGGAUGUAGAUUUCAUGUUUGUGCUUCCAUUUCGAGAGCUGAACUUGAUUAAAGAUCAACAGUACAGUCUUCACAGACUUCUGCUGGACUUUCAUCCUGAACUUCAAGAUCUGGACUCAAAGAUUUAUGAAGAGUGUAAAGUUGUGUUUAUCUUUGAUGGUCUGGAUGAAAGCAGAAUUACACUGAUGUUUUCAGAUGAUAAGCGAGUUAGUGAUGUGAAUGAGUCUUCAUCAGUGGGUGUGUUGAUGUCAAACCUCAUCAGAGGGGAGUUGCUUCCCUCUGCUCUCAUCUGGAUCACCUCCAGACCAGCAGCAGCCAAUCAGAUCCCCUCAAAAUACAUCAACCGUGUGACAGAAAUUCAGGGAUUCAAUGAGCCUCAGAAGGAGGAAUAUUUUAGGAAGAAAAUCAGUGAUGAGCAUCAAGCCAGCAGAAUCAUCUCACACAUUAGAAGAUCAAGGAGCCUCAACAUCAUGUGUCACAUACCCGUCUUCUGCUGGAUCUCAGCCACUGUGCUUCAAAACCUCCUGAAACAAGAUUAUGAUGCAGAAAUCCCUCAAACUCUGACUGAAAUGUACAUCCACUUCCUGCUGACUCAGAUCAACAUGAGGAAUCAGAAGUAUGAUGAGAGAGAUCCAGAGAAGCCCCUAAAAUACAACAGAGAUGUGAUUGUUAAACUUGCUGAACUGGCUUUCAAACAGCUGAUGAAGGGCAAUGUGAUGUUCUAUGAGGAGGACCUGAUUGAGAGUGGCAUAGACAUCACUGAUGCCUCAGUGUAUUCUGGGAUUUGCACUGAGAUCUUUAAGCAGGAAUCUGUGAUUCAUCAGAGGAAAGUCUACUGCUUCAUACAUUUGAGCUUUCAGGAGUUUCUAUCUGCUUUCUUUGUGAUUUACUCCCAUGUAGACAAGAAAAAUAAAUCACUAAAGUUGUUUUUGAAAGAAGGCUAUCAGCAGUACCGUCGGGAAUACAAUUUGUAUGAGCUACUAAAAUCAACAGUUAAUAAAUCCUUACAGAGUGAAAAUGGACACCUGGAUCUUUUCCUACGGUUCCUGCUGGGCAUCUUACUGGAGUCCAAUCAGAGACUCUUACAGGAUCUACUGACACACACAGUGAACAGCUCAGAGACCAAAAGAAUCACACAAUACAUUAAAGACAAAAUCAAGGUUGAUGAACGUCUCUCUGCUGACAGAUGCAUCAAUCUGUUCCUCUGUCUGCUGGAAAUGAAGGAUCAGACUCUGUACAGAGAGAUUCAGGAGUUUGUGAAAUCAGAGAAUCACUCAGUGAAUAACCUCUCUCCAUCUCACUGCUCAACAAUCGCCUACAUGAUUCAGAUAUCCGAAGAGGUGCUGGAUGAAUUUGAUCUGAAGAAAUACAACACAUCAGAUGAGGGUAGAAGGAGACUGAUACCAGCUGUGGUGAACUGCAGAAAAGCUCUACUUGCUGAGUGUAAUCUCAGUGCUCAGUUCUAUAAAAACUUGUCUUCAUCUUUACAAUCAUCAAACUCACUGAGAGAGCUGGACUUGAGUCACAAUGACCUGCAGGAUUCAAGAGCGAAGUUUCUGUCUGAUGGACUGAAGAGUUCACACUGUCAACUCAACAUACUAAGAUUGUUAUGCUGUAAUCUCACUGGUCAGUUCUGUAAAAGUUUGUCGUCAUUUCUACAAUCAUCAAACUCUUCACUGAGAGAGCUGGACCUGAAUCACAAUAACAUACAGGAUUCAGGUGUGGAGUUUCUGUCUGAUGGACUGAAGAGUUCACACUGUCAGCUCAGCAUACUGAGACUUGCUUACUGUAAUCUCACUGAUCAGUGCUGUCCAAGUUUGUCUUCAUCUCUACAAUCAUCAAACUCCUCACUGAGAGAGCUGGACCUGAGUAACAAUGACCUGCAGGAUUCAGGAGUGAAGCUUUUGUCUGGACUGAAGAGUUCACGCUGUCAACUCAACAUACUAAGAUUAUCUGGCUGUAUGGUGACAGAGGAAGGCUGUUGUUUUCUGGCUUCAGCUCUGAGUUCAAACCCCUCACACCUGAGAGAGCUGGAUCUGAGCUACAAUCACCCAGGACAAUCAUUAGUCGAGCUGCUCUCUGAUCCAAACUACAGACUGGACAAACUCAA